AUCCCCCAAUUCAGCGAGGGUGAAGCGGGAGAGAGUCGAGCCGGUGCAGUGUUACUCCGGGCUAGGGCAGGUUUGAGCGUGCCCCUCUUCAGCAAGGUUUCAGGGCCGGGGAUAAGGGCAUAGCUGGCGUGGAGGAAAAGGCAGUGGCCGAGUGUAGGAAAAGGAGGGUGAACCCCAUGCAGGUGUGGAGGGGGUAGAAGGGGAGAGGUGCUGGCAAGAGCAGUUCGGUCGCAGGGAUGACAUGCCCUUGUCCGUGAGGCAGGACACUCGGUGGCUGGGGCAUGCCUGCCACUGUUUCUGCUGCCUUGGAGGGGGAGGGGACAUUUGCAGCUGUGGGCAGAUCGAGGGAUAUUAAUUUAUUCUCUUUUGCAGGCCUGCAAAAGCAGGCAAGGUUUUCUGUUCCCUUCCCCCCCCUACAGACCCCGUUCUUCCACUGGAGGAAUCUCAUCUGUUCGUCUUGGGCCCUUUCUGGAAGCUAGUGAGGCUCUGUAGCUACUGCCUUUCCCCUGUGGGCAGGAGUACAGAUAUUCAUACAUACACGCCCCCCUCAUCCCCUCAUCCUUUUGGCUUUAGAUGAUGUCUGUUACAGAUCAGGCAUUUGUGACACUUGCCACCAAUGAUGUUUACUGUCAGGGAGCUCUUGUUCUUGGACAUUCCUUGAAAAAUCACAAGAUAACAAGAAAAUUGGUGAUACUAAUUACACCUCAAGUCUCUAGUCUAUUGAGGACUGUCCUCUACAAAGUUUUUGAUGAAGUAAUUGAAGUUAGUUUGGAAGACAGUACUGACUAUGUCCACUUAGCUUUGCUGAAGAGACCAGAACUUGGUAUAACUUUCACCAAACUUCAUUGUUGGACUCUUACUCAUUAUAGCAAAUGUGUUUUUAUGGAUGCUGAUACAAUGGUGCUCUGUAAUAUUGAUGAGCUAUUUGACCGUGAAGAGCUCUCUGCAGCCCCAGACUCUGGAUGGCCAGAUUGUUUCAACAGUGGAGUAUUUGUUUUCCGACCCUCUCUUGAAACCCAUAACCUCCUGAUGCAGCAUGCAGUGAAACACGGCAGUUUUGACGGAGCUGACCAAGGAUUACUGAAUAGUUUUUUCAGUAACUGGGCAACUUCAGAUAUUCACAAACAUUUGCCAUUUCUCUAUAACUUGAGCAGUAGCUCGAUGUAUACAUAUAGACCUGCUUUCAAAAGAUUUGGCUGGGAUGCAAAAGUGGUCCAUUUUCUGGGACCAUCAAAGCCGUGGCAUUACAAAUAUAACCGUGAGACUGGAUCAGUGAUUUCAGAGAGCUCACUGUCAGAAUCCCAGCAUCAUGCCUCAUUUCUUGGUCUCUGGUGGAAAAUAUAUGAUGAGAACAUCGUGCCUUUUUUCGAUAAACUUCAGCAUGUAGCAGAGCAUGAAUGUCAAGAGCAAACAAUUUCCCAUAGGGGUGCUGGUGAACCAUGGGAACGUUCAAAUUCAAGGCAAAAUGAUAGCCAGUAUUUCCCUGUUCAAGAAUUUCCAGAACAGACCCUGGAAAAGACUCAUUCAAUUCUGACACCAGAAGAGGUGAUGGAGAAAGAUCAGCAAGCCCAUAAAGAUGAAUAUUCUCCUGAAUAUUUCCUGGAACCAAGUAAUGAAUCAUCUGUACAGUUUACCAGUGACUCUAUUCCUCUACACACUUUGGAAGUGCAGCCAAUUCAUAAAGAUGAGCCCAAUUCUCCUGAGUGUUUCCUGGAACCAAAAAAAGAACCACUUGUACAGUUCACCAGGGACUCUGUUCCUCUACACAGUUUGGAGCAGCCAAUGCAUAAAGAGGAAUCCAAUUCUCCUGAGUGUUUCCUGGAACCAAACAAUGAACCAUCUGCACAGUUUACCAGUGACCCUGUUUCUCUACACAGUUUGGAGGUUGAUUUGGCCUUUUCCUUAACAGAGCUUUCCAUUAAACAGAAAGUCAAGGAACCUAGUGCAGAAGAGGAAAGGAGAAAAUGGGAAGAAGGACGAGUAGACUACAUGGGAAAAGAUGCUUUUGCUCGUAUUCAGGAAAAAUUGGAUAGAUUUUUGCAGUAGUCUUCUCAGUUGGAUCUGUAGUCUAGUGGAAAUGCCGUUGUCAUCUUGCUCAUGCUUCUGUGAAAUGAUAAACAGUCUCUUCUAGCCCUUAGUAAUGGGGAAGGCCUUUUAAACAAUGUGCCUCUAUUUAUUUUCAGCCAACUUCAGUGCCUAAUACAAGCAGUACGGAAAAUUCAAGUCCGACUUGAAAUGCCUAGCUGAUCCAAGAUAAAUAAUUUGUUUUCAUUAUCAAAUCUGUACCUCACUUAAUCUUGCCAGCAAAAUUAUUGACAUAAACAUAGACUUUGUUAAAUGUAUGUGUUAUAACAAGUAGGAUAUCUAAAAUGUAGAUCUAUUCAGGUACAAAAAUAUAGAUGCUUAGUGUAGUUGAAAAUCAUACAUCAGCCUCACUGUUUUCAUUUCUUUAAAAAUGCUAGAAGGUGAAAUUGGUGAUCUGGGAAAGAUUGAAGAUAAAUGGACCCAUUUCUUUAAGGCAAAGUUAAAUUUCAGUAACUCACCUUUUUUAUUUUACUUUCAGUUUUAAGUUCUCAUGGUCCUUUUUGAUGUCUCUGCUAGGAACCCUCAUUUUGGACAUACCAUAUAGAAAAAUGCUCACCUGGCUGAUAAAUGAGCCUCUUUCAUCUUAUAUAAAGAAACUGCCAUAAUGUUUCUAAAGUCUUAGUUUAUUUUAGUUCUCCAGGCACUAGCUCAUUGCUGCAAUAUCUGAAAUCUCUUUUGCUUAAAGACAAGUAAAUUUUCAUUUUCUGUUGAAGUGACUCUCUUUCCCCCUCCCCUUAUCAAUAUCUAAGACUCACUACCUCAGUUUUAACUAACUUAUUUAGCCAUGGUGCUUUACAAACUCUUUCAGUAGAUUCAAAGGAAUUCUCAAUUUUAUGAGACUGGGCUGCUCAAUUUCAUGAGAAGCUCUCAAAAGACCCUGUACUUUAGGAACCUGCAAUGGAUGUUUUUACAUUUCUUAUGACUACUGUUAACUGAUCAGGCACAUUCAUCAUAAUUGAGAAAGCAAUUCAUCCUACUGAAGAGAGAAGGUAAAUGAAUUUUUGAAGUUUUUUUAGGGGAUUGCUUAUUAUAAGCCUACUGAAAAAUUAAUGACUAAUUUGUAAUAUAUUUUAGAGGAGCUGGGAAGUCUACCAAUGGCAUUAUAAUUGAAUGUGGCAUUUUGAUUGAAUGAAUGUUUGAAAACAUUUAAAAUAUCCCUGAGGAUGUUUGUUUCUGGGCCAGGGAGAUCCAAUUGAAUUCUUUUAAAUGGCUCCUUUCUGUUAGGGCAUCAACCUAUCCAGGGAAGUAGGAUUUAGAAGCUUCAUUUGUGUUUAUGACUGAAUAAUUGUUGAUUUAAUAGUCCUUGCUAGUAGUAUAUGCUUAUUGAUUAGUGAAAGCCUUUUAAAAAAUAAUGUAGAAAGUUCUUAAGUUGUGAGUCAAAUGUAGAAAUGGUGAUGUCAUAAUAUUGGAAGUCUCUAAUUGUUGGAGAAAGGAAUGCAAAUACUGUGUUAUGAUAUUGAAUAGAGGAUAAUGAGUGAUCUAAAGUGAAUAAAUGAGGUGUGACAUAUAAAAUAUGGAGAUAAGUGAA